AGCCUGUAGUGACCCAGCCUGAACGCUAGUGUUGAAAACAAAAACAUACCGAAUAAACAAAAAACAACAGAGUUUAAUAUGCUGUAUCGGUCAUACAGCACUGAGAUUUUCUUUAAAAAAAUACCUAUAAUUUAGUUUAAAAAGUAGUGUUGUGAAAGAAAACAUUCCAUGUUUUAUAGUAUACUUGCUCUUAGGUAUAUUCCUAAUAGAGUUGUAUUUUGUUCUGAUAUUCUUCUAGUUUAAAUCUCCGCUUCGAAAUGGUUAUGAAAUUGUACUCAGUGUACUGCGACGAGGCGCAGGUGAGCGCGGGGGGCAGCAAGCGCUCCGCCGUCUCGGCGUCGGACGCCGAGUGCUUCUCGCUGUGCCUGGGCGCCGGGCCUCUGUGGUGGUCCGAUGCCCCUGCGGGGGACGCGGCUCCGCCCGGGGCGGCGGGCGGCGGGGCGCGCCCCCGCCCGUCCACCCCGCAACACGACGACAACAACUGUGACUUGUUGAGCGCGCUGCUGAGCGGCACGUCGCUGUCGGGCAGCGCGGAGACGCUGCUGUCGCCGCGCGACGCGCCGCCCACUGCCGCAGACCGGGAGCAGAUCAUCAACGCUAUCCUGGAGCGCAAGGAGCGCCAGCCGGUGAAGGUGGACUUCAAGAUCUUCCUGACGGAGAACACGGCGUCGCUGUGGGAGGCUGUGGUCCGCGGAGACACGGUGUACCUGCGUCUGCCGGGCGUGCUGUCCUCGGGCAGCAAGGAGAGCUUCAUGACGCUGCUCGACUUCGCCGAGGAGCGUCUACAGUGCGCCAAUUGCAUCGUCUGCGUCCGCAAGAACCGGCCUGACCGCGCGAUUCUCCUCCGCACCUUCAUGUUCAUGGGUUUCCAACUGCUGGCGCCGACAUCCGCCAUCUUGCCGCGCGAACUGGCCAAUCCCGAGUACAUCUUCCUGCACUACAACAUGCAGUAGACCGCCAAAGAGUUUGAACACCAACCGGAUGCAACGCAAAGAGGUUGCAGAAAAAAGGUCGAAGAUCGUAAGGAGGUUAAGAUCUGGUGUGAGAACUCGUUUUUUGGCGUCUGAAAGAUCUAAGGAUAGUUGUGGAGUGGAUUAGAAAUGUAACGGACAAGAUGGCCGAUUGGUUUUGAGGUUAUCUGUCAAAGAGAGUGAAUAGGGCUGUUUUUGUGCCUGUGUAACGUGUUUGUAUUCGAUUGGUGGGAUUUGGUUGGCUUGCCGACUAGGUUUUAAUGCCAGUUGGUAUAGAUUCGUUCUGGUUGCAAAGAGGAGAAGAAUUUUUUGCAACCGCCAGGAAAAAAAACAGCUUUGUUUUGUUUUUUGCGUUCGUUUGUUUCUAGUUCACUCUGCAUGGGGUUUGCGAUGCAAGAUCUUAGUUUGGAAGCGCUAUGGGAGUUAAAACGUCUUUUAGCAAACAGUAUUGAAGCACCAUACUUUUUUAAUCAUCACAUGUUCACUAAAUUGCUCCCGCUUACGUAGCUCGCCUAACAAGUCAUAGUAUUUCUUAGUAUAUAUAUUAUUACUAUUAUUAGUACUUUUCUUAAGUAGAUCUUUAGUUACUUUCUACUAAUCAGCUUGUAUGUUUGAUAGAACUCUUCCGAAAGAUUAUCGCUCAAGAAAUUCUGUAAAGGAGUUUUCGAGGUGAAAUGUUUGUAAGAAAGUUUUGUCACUUAGAUACCAGCUUUGCUUAGGCAAAAUGUUAAAGUUAAUUUCUAUUAGAAAUUUCUCUCUAAACAACUGAUUUAGUAGAAAAAUAUGUUUCUUUAAGAUUUAACAUAUAAAAAGUAUGUAUAUGUCGUCGUGUACUUUAAUAUUAUCGCCCACUCCGGGUUAGACCGCAAAAAAAAUUAAAAAAACAAAAAAAUAUAAAAAAAAUGUAUUAAUUUUAUGUUAAAAUAUUUCGACUAUCACUUAUGUACUUAUUUAAAACACAUUUCAACGUGUUUUUCCACUGAUUAAUGCUUUCCAAUAACCAUCUAAAGCAGAAGUCGAAAUAUUCUUUUCCGAAAUAAUUUUUUAAUAUACUAUUCUUAAUUUUAAGUCUACUAUUCUUUUCAUUUGAAAUAUAAAUUUUAAACAAUAGAUUUUAAGUGGUUUCAGUUUUGUUUCCCCUUUAAAAUUAAUUAAGUAUUAUAACAUCAAAAAGCAUAUUUAGCUAUUAAUUUGUCGGUCUCUGCUCAGUAACACAGUAUUUCAUUUGCUUGCUAACUAAGAAUGCGUUCGAUUCAUGUUAAAACGAGAGUAGAACCGACUAUGUAGUGUUAUUAUAAGAUUACUGUACUUUUAAUUGAUAAUACUUAAUGAAUAAAGUAAAAAAGUGAGA